UUUUUUUUUUCUUAAAAAAAAAAAAAAACCAUAAUAAUCAUGUCAAAUAAAGCCUCUGAAAGUGCACUAAAAAUGAAUAAUCCAACUAAAAAGCCUUCUGCUAUAUCUAAGCAAGUGCUCAAGACAAAUCCAAUUCCACAACCCGUACAAUCAACAUCUAAUUUGACAAGUAAUUUAACAGCACUUAAUGAUAAAACUAAAGGAAAGCCUACACAACCACUUCGAAGUACAAAGUUUUCUCAAAAACUUGUUUUAUUUCCUCAGUCAUCUGCUGAUAAUGCUGAAACUAGUAUGCAAACAAUUUUACCUAUUGAUUCUGGAACUAGUUACGAUAAUAGGCAACAAGACGCUUAUACAAUGAUGAAUCAAUUGCGUCGUACUUCUAGUAAUUCAUUAGACGAGCAUCAACAGCAACAAUGGCAAGAUGAGCAAAGUCAACCACGUACUGCAGGUGUUCCAUUACCUAUUGAAUGGACGUUUGGUUCACGUACUCCUGCAGAACGUAUGACUAAAGAUGAACGUGAGUUGGCUCUAUUACCUCGUGCUGCUGCUUAUUGUACCGGUGAAGGUUAUAAUACGACUCAAUUACAACGUUUUUUGCGUCAACAUCAUCAUGCUACACCUAGACUUUAUGACGAAUGUCUUUAUGCAGCUUAUCAUUUCCCUCUAAGAACAUUAAGACCCGGCAAAAAUAAUCCGUAUAAUAUUAGAGUAAGAAGUAAUAUUUCAAAGCCUCCUAAUAGCCGGCGUAAUACUGUGGAAGAUGAAGAAGAAAUGAACUACGAUGAAGACAAUUUUAAUCGUUCUGAUGCUCCUAUUGUUAUGCAGCCUGAUAUAAAUCAAUCUUAUUCAAAUUAUUAUCAAAAUCGUAAAGAUUAUGAUCAAGAGGAUCAACAACAGGAAGAAGAAGAAGAAGAGAUCAGCAAUAAAGGACCUCAACCAGAACAAGAUACUUCUUCACUUGGGGAACAAAAGGCGACGGAGGAGGAAGAGGGCAUCUUUGAAAACCCAUUUUCUGAAGAAAAUAGUAAAUUAGACGAAGGACAACAGAGAGAGGAAGAUGAACAAUCGAAUGAGCAGCAAAAGACUGAAGAUAGAAAUAAUAAUAAACAAAAUGAUGAACAGCAACAACAGCAACAGCAACAGCAACAGCAGCAGCCGUAUCGUGAGCCAUUUAAGGGAGGAGAAGUUUUUAUAUUCGAUUAUGGUGUUGUUGUAUUUUGGAAUUUCCGUCGUGCUGAAGAACUGUUGAUGUUGGAAGAUUUUAUGCAGUUUUCUAUUGAUCCUUUUAGGGAUAAUCCAGAUGAAGAUAUGCAAAUUGAAGAAAUUCAUUUUCAAUAUGACACUUCCCAAAUGAAGCCAAGAAUAUUCAAUGAUAUGAUUACGUUAAAGAGUGGGAAUCAUAUGAUUAAAUUGACAUUAUCGCAUGGUUUAGCUCAAAGUGCUGUAUUAGCCAGAUAUGAGGACAUUAUGGAUAAAACAAUUGAGGACACAAAAUAUUUACCCAAGGAAAUGGCUGAAACAGGUCGAUUAGUAUCCAAUGUACUAGAUACACCUGAAAUUUUUUGGUCGGAGCCUGCUUUACAGCCAAUGUAUACUGCAAUAAGAGACUAUUUAGAGAUCCCACAACGCGCUAAAAUAUUAAAUGAUCGUCUUCGCGUUAUUUCUGAUUUAUUAUCUAUGCUUAGAGAUCAUUUAAACAACUUUGGUGUUGAAUAUCAAACUUUGAUUAUUAUUUAUUUAAUCAUUAUUGCUGUUAUUGUUGCUUUCUUUGAAAUUGGUGUCAAAAUUCUACAAUCUAUUGACGUUAUUUAAUUCUCCUUUUUUUGUAUAUAUAAAGUACAAAUAUAAACUAUUUGAAAAAGAAAAAAAAAAGCUUAUUCUGGGUUACUGCAAUC